UUAAUGAACGAUUAGGAAAAUUAAAACAAUAAUAACAAUUAAGGCUGAAAUUAUGUGGGAUUAGCUACAUAAAUAAUUUUGUCAUUUAACUCUAGGAGAUAAUUCUGUGUUAAAAUUUUGAAUAUUUGAUAUUAUUUUAUUGUACAUUAUUCUAGGUUCUCCCUCUUUUUCCUUCUCACUCGUUCACAACUUGUUUAUCUCAUUGGAGCAUUUAAUACUCAGACAUGAACAAGGAAAGCUAAAAGCGGGGAAGAAAAAAAUCAACCACACAAUUCUUUGGGCAUUUAAUUUGGAUUAUGACAGAAAGCCUCCAUGAUAUUGGUUCUUAACCCUUGACGCUGAAACCACAGUGAAAGAAGCAAAAAUCAUCAUAAUUUCCUUGCCCUAGAUAGUUCCAUUUUCUGGGCAUUAAUUAAUUAGAUCACUACAUAUGCUUGUCUUGUUCUAGUCCACACUCCCAUCUUCUAGUUUCCUUGCGCUCUACUCCAGGUUAUCUUUAAAAGGCGAAGUAGCCAGUCAUGAUAUGUGCUGAGAGAUCAUAAUUAAAAGUGAAGAUGAGUGGAACUGCUUGCUCCAACAAUGCCAAUGGCUAUGCUGCGGCAGGCCUCAGGUCUAACGGAUACCAUGAUGAAGAGAGCAAGAGGGACAAGUGGUGUUGUUUCCAGAUACCACUGCACUAUCCAAGAUUCAAGAAGAGUGACUACGAGGCCAUGCCUGAAUGGAGAUUGGACUGCUUGCUCAGAGAAUAUGGACUACCCAUCUCUGGAGAUGUUGAUCAAAAGAGAAAGUUUGCCAUGGGAGCCUUUCUUUGGCCUUCAGAUGACUGAAAGCUGCUGCUAAUUAAGUACGUAAAUUGUGAUCAUCAUUUUCUUCAAACAAUACAUAUCAUGUUGAAACUGAUUAGCACCCUAGUUGACAAACAUGAAGCAGUAGCUUUAAGUUGAUGUUUUAUUUCUUAAUUAGAAUAGCUACUACUGUUUGUUCCUUACUAAAUAGUGAUUAAAGAUACUUAUAUUUGGACUGUACCACGUAAUGUUCCAUAUUUAUGUAAUUCAAUUUUGAGUAA